CCCAUCUAUUUGUCCAGCAGGUUCUUCGUUCUACAAAGUCACACUUUCACCUCCCUUCCCGUAGCUCUAAAGUACCUGGUUACAUCUUUCUCAUUAUACUAACUAUAGCUUCUAUUCAAGGACAAAGGUUGAAUAAUACGCUAAGGUUACUUAAUCAAUCUUAUACAUAUUCUCCGAAUUUCCAUUUCAUUUCCUCAUGUAGUAUUUUCUCGUUUUACCUCAACCGAUAUACUACCUCCGACCAACCCGUGCCGACGGCGAUUCAGAUUAUCCGGGAGCUGGCCACGUCCUCCGAACUGACGAGUACUUCGGGCGUGUAUAUAUAUGGGACGGGUUAGAAUGCAACGCUCUCCCGUCACUCACAUCGAAGCGACACUGCCGCCUCUUGUACCAUCAUGGGACACCUCGUAGACGUUUUCUCACCCGUCCCUUCGCUCCAACCAUCCGGUGUUAAACCCGCGCGGAAGGGCAAGGGACAGACUAGCGGGUCGUUCCCCAAUACGACCCCCUUAUAUAAGGUCAUAGAUGGUUUCUUAUACCUCAAAGAUGGCUUAACACAUAAAGAAAGAGCGGAAUGGAGACGGGUGGAAGAGCGGAAACAAAUUCUAUCGGCGCGGUUACAGGGUGCUGAAUCUUAUAGUGAAUGGGAGGCAGCAGCGCAAGAACUAGAUGUCCUCGAAGGUAAUGAAGAAUGGAAGGCCGAUGUUUCAACUGGGGACUAUAACCCCGAUCUUCUAGAAAUGCGCCUACGAGAACUCGAUAAUGCCCGCACUAAUCGUGAUAUAAAAUCCAUGAUGCAUAUCGUCAGAACAUCCCUCUCGCGCGAUCUGGGCGGCAUGGGCAAUAUUGACCUAUACCGUCACUCCUACUGUGGCACUAAGAAGUUGGUUUCGCGAUACGUCGAUUCUGCCUUGCAAACUAUUACAGCUCUGGUAGAGCAGAGUGCGUAUCGCCGAGCGGACGACCCGGGUCCGAAGGAUCUGCUGGACGCGGUACUUUACGCGCGCCAAAGCUUUGGACGGAGCGCCCUCCUACUUAGCGGCGGUGGCACUUUCGGUAUGACGCAUAUUGGCGUCUUGAAAGCCAUGUAUGAGACAAAAUUGCUUCCGCGUAUUAUCUCAGGCGCGUCGGCGGGUUCAAUUGUCUGCUCUGUGGUUUGUUCAAGGACAGACGACGAGAUUCCCCAACUGUUAGUAGAGUUCCCGUAUGGUGAUCUAGCCGUAUUCGAAGAGGAGGGUAACGAAGAAGGUCUCUUGGGUCACCUACGAAGACUGCUUACCGAGGGGAAUUGGUCCGAUAUCAAGCAUCUAACACGCGUAAUGCGCAACUUACUUGGCGACAUCACUUUUCAGGAAGCGUAUAAUCGUACAAGGAGGAUAUGCAACAUCUGUGUCUCAUCAGCAUCUAUUUACGAGCUACCACGGUUAUUGAACUACGUCACGGCACCUAACGUGAUGAUAUGGUCUGCUGUCGCAGCAUCAUGCUCAGUGCCAUUCGUUUUCAGUGCUGCGCCGUUGUUAGUCAAGAACCCUUUAACAGGCGAACACAGUACGUGGAAUCCUACUCCACAGAUGUGGAUUGAUGGCUCUGUCGAUAAUGACCUCCCUAUGACGAGACUUGCUGAAAUGUUCAACGUCAACCAUUUCAUUGUGUCGCAGGUCAAUCCGCAUGUUGUUCCUUUCCUUACCAAGGACGAGGGGCCGGCGAGUGCACGUUACGAGACGAUCUUCAAGGAGGAAUCGGAUUGGAUGCACACAAUUACGACUCUAGCCAAGAGCGAAGCCUUGCAUCGAAUGCAGUUUAUGGCCGAAAUCGGUAUCUUCCCAACGCUCGUCAGCAAAUUGCGGUCUAUCCUAAGCCAGAAAUACUCGGGUGAUAUCAAUAUUCUCCCGGCCAUGGGCGUUUGGGACUUGCCUAAGGUGCUGAAGAAUCCGACGACCGAGUUCAUGCACCGCUCGUGCUUAUUAGGCGAACGUGCGACCUGGCCUAAAUUGGCUCGCAUCCGGGAUCGGUGCGCCAUCGAACUGGCUCUAGAUCGUGCAGUUCACGCAUUGCGGGCUCGUGUUGUAUUUAGCGAGAGCCAAGUUGACUUAAGAAGGAUGGCUACCGGAUCUCUAGCGAAUACGUACGGGGGGACAUAUGAGCAUCUAACACCGAGUUCUAACCAUAUCGGGUUCCCUUCUACGAAGGAGAAACUAAAGCAUAACCGGCGCCGGUCAAGUGGAAGUAAUUUACUCAAUCCGUAUCACCACGUCCAUACGAGUGAAAAUCCGUAUAAAAUAACGGAUGACGAAUCAGAUGAAGAGGAACGUCUUGAGAUGGCAUUGCGUUAUACUGGCCCGAAACCGAAAAUCAAGCUUAAGCGAUUUCCAAAAUACCACAUAUUCCAGACGGGGCCUAAAACUAGUCCCGUCUUAUCUUCCACCUCGGAUCCAGAUUGUUUUGAUUUCUCUCAGCCUAUAACCCCAACCGGAGCCAGAAACACCAAUGCGCCAAAUUCGAAAAAGUCCACGCUUUCGGCGAUGGUCACGGCAUCUCCCGAUGACGAUGUCUAUGAUCUAGCCGUUGCUGAAACGGCUUCCAUGACUUCACCACAGCAGAAUCCUCACCACGACGCUGAACUUGAAACUAGUGACUUGCACACCUCAGACGGUGACGUUGAUAGCCACACAGAUGAGGAUGUGAGGAUACAUCACAGUCGAGCCUUAAACACACCAUUCCGCAUAAAAACGUCUAUCAGUGACUACUUUAAUAUCAGCCAUGCGUAACUUUAAACCUCAACAUUAGGGAUGUGCAACUUGUCAACUAAGGCGGAGAUUACCAGAUGAAACAUAGGUUAUAACAACACACAAGGCUCGGUCGUAGCCUCUGGGGUCAUUCUGGUCUGUGGUAGAUAGGCAAUUAAUUAAGUUGCAAAGACUGGAGGGAGGAAAGCUGGAAUAGUGUGCUUAACAAUAUAUGUCACAAAACAUUAUACAAGACAAGUAUGCUUGUUAACCGACUAGACUACAUAGUAUUAUAGUAUUGUUGCGGGAAGUUAAUAACACCAUCCA